GAGGAGCCAGGAGAAGGGACCAUGAAAGAUUGAUCAUCAAGGUGGAAGUAAAGCAGGGGAGAGUGGUUGAUCAUUUGGAAUACUGCUGAGAUUGAAGAUGAAGACAGAUAAUUUGGGUGUAAUAGGUAUACAGCUGGUUGUUACCAUGGUGAUGGCCAGUAUCAUGCAGAAGAUUAUACCUCACUACUCUCUUGCUCGAUGGCUGCUCUGUAAUGGCAGUCUGAGAUGGUAUCAACAUCCUACAAAAGAAGAAUUACGAAUUCUUGCAGGGAAGCAGCAAAAAGGAAAAAAUAGAAAAGACAGGAAAUAUAAUGGUCACAUUGAAAGUAAGCCAUUAACCAUUCCAAAGGAUAUUGACCUUCAUCUAGAAACAAAGUCAGUUACAGAAGUGGAUACUUUAGCAUUGCAUUACUUUCCAGAAUACCAGUGGCUGGUGGAUUUCACAGUGGCUGCCACAGUCGUAUAUCUAGUAACUGAAGUCUACUACAGUUUUAUGAAGCCUACACAGGAAAUGAAUAUCAGCCUAGUCUGGUGCCUGCUUGUUUUGUCUUUUGCAGUCAAAGUUCUAUUUUCAUUAACUACACACUAUUUUAAAGUAGAAGAUGGUGGUGAAAGAUCAGUCUGUGUCACCUUUGGAUUUUUUUUCUUUGUCAAAGCAAUGGCAGUUUUGAUUGUAACAGAAAACUAUCUGGAAUUUGGACUUGAAACAGGUUUUACAAAUUUUUCAGACAGUGCAAUGCAGUUUCUUGAAAAGCAAGGUUUAGAAUCUCAGGGUCCUGUUUCUAAGCUUACUUUCAAAUUUUUCCUGGCUAUUUUCUGUUCACUCAUUGGGGCUUUUUUGACAUUUCCUGGAUUACGGCUGGCUCAAAUGCAUCUGGAUGCCCUGAAUUUGGCAACAGAAAAAGUUACACAAAUGUUACUUCAUAUCAACUUCUUGGCACCUUUAUUUAUGGUUCUGCUCUGGGUAAAACCAAUCACCAAAGACUACAUUAUGAACCCACCAUUGGGUAAAGAAAGUGUCCCUUUAAUGACAGAAGCUACAUUUGAUACUCUGCGACUAUGGUUAAUAAUCCUGCUGUGUGCUUUGCGGUUGGCCAUGAUGCGUAGUCAUCUGCAAGCUUACUUAAACUUAGCCCAGAAAUGUGUGGAUCAGAUGAAGAGAGAAGCAGGGCGAAUAAGUACAGUUGAGCUACAGAAAAUGGUGGCUCGAGUCUUUUAUUACCUUUGUGUUAUUGCACUGCAGUAUGUGGCACCUCUCGUAAUGCUGCUUCACACAACUCUGCUUUUGAAAACACUAGGUAAUCAUUCCUGGGGGAUUUAUCCAGAAUCUAUCUCUGGCUUGCCAGUGGAUAACAGUCUGCCCUACAACUCGAUUUAUUCUGAAUUACCAUCUGCUGAUGGCAAGGUAAAAGUAACUGUCACACAAAUAACAGUGGCACUGAGCAGCUUAAAAAACAUUUUCACUCCUUUGCUUUUUCGAGGACUUCUGUCUUUUCUGACCUGGUGGAUUGCUGCUUGCCUCUUUUCUACAAGCCUUUUUGGGCUUUUUUAUCAUCAGUACCUGACUGUGGCAUGAACCUCAGUUAACAAAAAAGGAUAUCGAAGUCACAUUUUAAAUUCAAAUAUUUGUUGCCCUUGAAGGGCAGAAGAAAACCAGAAGAAAGCAAAAACUCAAAAGAAAAAAAAAAACAUAUCAGAAUAUCUUGUUUUAAAUGCUUCCUCUGUAUUCUCAGGGUGAAUUAAUGUUAUAAUAUUUAAAAUCA